AACGACGGCCCUACCUCUUUCGGUGGCGGCUCCGUUGCGGCUACCAGUUGUCUGGGCACUAGCUAAGGAUUUCGUUUCUUAGAUUGUCGCCAUAUAUGUGACGAUUUUAAAUGAUGAAGCUGAGAGUGCGCGCAGCUUCUCAGCAGCCAGACCCAGGGCGAGGCCGGAGAGCCCGUGCGUCCCAGGCCAAACGGAAACACUGCAAAGUGGAGUCCACUCCGACCAGAGGCAGAAUGCAGAAGAAUGAAACGGGCCUGUUCUCCACCAUCAAAAAAUUUAUUAGGGGAAAUGCUGUCAAGGUGGAACAUGAAGUUCCGGCUAAAAGAACUCGUAUUGAGUGUAGUCUUGACAGCAACCUGAUCACAUCUACACAUCCGACUGGAGGUCGGGUUUGCCGGAGAGGCACGAAAGAAACGAUGACUUGUGACAGCAAACCCUUAAAAGCAAAUGGGAAAAUGGAGGUUCCUGUUGAGGCAGCAAGCAGCCCACCACGCACAUCUCUGCUGGGGACUAUCUUCUCCCCCGUCUUCAACUUCUUUUCACCACCGACCAAGACGGCCACUCCUGGGUCUGAGUCUCCUGGGCAGGCAGUGGAGGCUGAGGAAGUUAUGAAGCAGCUUGAUAUGGAAGAGGUGGAUGAGAUUCCCUCCAGUACGCCUACAUGUGCAGAGGGCAUCUCUCUGUGUCCUGCAGACCCUCAUCUUUCCCCGGAUACAACAGUUGAAGAAGGAGAGAUUGUGACUGAAACAGAUAUGCCCCCACUGACUUCUCCAGGAGUCCCCCCCAACACCGGUUACCCUCAUGCCCCACACUCUGCCCCUGCCCAGGGCUCAUAUGACGACGACUGGGAGGUAUUUGAUCCGUACUUCUUCAUAAAACACGUUCCCCCACUGACUGAGGAACAGAUGACUCGUAAACCAGCGCUGCCUUUAAAAACACGCAGCACCCCAGAGUUCUCCUUGGUCUUGGACCUGGAUGAAACGUUGGUGCAUUGUAGCUUAAACGAGCUUGAAGAUGCAGCGCUGACCUUUCCUGUACUUUUUCAAGACGUCAUAUACCAGGUGUAUGUAAGGUUGAGGCCUUUCUUCAGAGAGUUCCUUGAACGCAUGUCUCAAAUCUAUGAGAUCAUUCUCUUCACUGCCUCAAAGAAAGUGUAUGCGGAUAAGUUGCUUAACAUCCUGGAUCCCAAGAAACAGCUAGUCAGACACCGGCUGUUUCGAGAGCACUGCGUGUGCGUACAGGGAAACUACAUCAAAGACCUGAACAUUCUUGGAAGGGAUCUUUCAAAGACUAUAAUAAUUGACAAUUCGCCUCAAGCCUUUGCCUAUCAGCUUUCCAAUGGGAUUCCAAUUGAAAGCUGGUUCAUGGACAGAAAUGACAACGAGCUCCUAAAGCUGGUUCCUUUCCUGGAGAAGCUUGUGCAACUGAAUGAAGACGUAAGACCACACGUCCAAGACAGGUUUCGUCUCCAUGACCUUCUGCCCCCAGACUGAGUUCUUAGAAGGAACUCAAACCGUAUAAGAUGGAUGAGGACAUUGUUGAAAAUCAAAAGUAAGACUAAUUCAAGAAUCAAAUUAGGCAGUUAAAUGGGUUUCAGCAUUGGAAUUACCUUUUUUAAAAGAAUUGCAAAGAAACAGCUCGAUCUAUAUUUGAGGAUAGCAAAUGUUUUAUGUACUGAAACCGAACUGUAAAACCACCAGAGAAGUCUUCUGCAUUUUGCUGGCUUUCCAGAGAGAAGUUUUAAAAUGAAAUGUGUCAUCUUGUAAGAUUAACAUUCAUAUUGCAGCUACAGUUUUGGACUGAUGAAACUGAAUGUCUUGCAGAAUUCGGAAUUUGUGGCUCAAACGCAAUCUCAUUGGAAUGGCCAGUCAAAUUGUAUAAUCUACACACUUUCAAUUACAUGUAUAUAUAUGACAUGUAUAUAUUUUCUUCAAGGUUUUUAAGUCUUCUUUCAUUUUCUGACUUCAGUAUAUUCAUUUUAGUUUAGCUGUUUUUUUUUUAUCUACAAAAAUAAAUCUUAUUUUAUGUGAAGUUGAUGCUACAGAGCUACUUUACUGUUUGCCUGCAUUUUUUCUAGUCUCCUUUAUUAAAUGCAGUUAUGUAGUCUCUGUUAAAAAAAACAGUUUGAUGAUGUAUGUUUUGGGGAGAAAUGUUUAUGAAAUCAUGAUGUUUGUAAUGUAAUCUAGAUUAGGAUUUCAAUAGAAUACUAUUAAGACAAACAAAUGGCCAGAAGUUCAACAUUUAUAUUUGAGAUUCCAGUUUUCAAAAGAUGCUGCACUUAAAAGAUUAUUACAAUACAUUCAACUCCAUGUAAGUAAAUGUAAAAUCCUGUCAAUUUUGUACACAAUUAUAACCUCAAAUUGUCAUGUAUGGCAGUUUUGGAAAUGUAGCACCAGCAAUUGGCCAACAUUUUUAAUCUUUUUAUUUUAUUUUUUAAUCUUUUUUAUUUUAUUAAUGAUGUUUUCAGUCUUGUGUAAGAAAUCUAUUAUGUAUGAGUCAUGUUUGACAGAGCACUCUGUGUUGUUGACUCUUAAAUGGUCACUCCUGUUGUAUUCAGUGUUACUCCAUGGUUUCCAUGAUCAUAAAUACAUUUUUAUACAACG